GUACAUAUAACACUAACUACUAUACAUAGUGCAUGCAAUACAUGCAAUACAUAUUGUGUUGUGUGUAUGUACACUGUGUCCCGUCACCGUCGGCGUACCCGGCUGUUGUCCCCGCCAUCCCGGCAUUUCACGGGCGGGGUGGGGUCAUCUUCAGAAGAAGACGACAGAAAAAAAAAAAAAAAAAAAAAGAAAAAGAUAAGAAAUGGUUAAGACGUUACUAAUCCCAAAUUAAUCUACAAUGUCCCACAUAAGCCAGCCACAGUUUUGACGUGAACAAUCAAGAACGUUCGGCGAUAAGGGCCAGGGCUCAAGUCUUCAACCGC